UGUCAUGUUCCAACAGGUGAAGUAAGUAUUCCACAACAAGAUAAUAAUCAUCGACAAAUUAUAUACGAAGCAUUACAAAAACUAAUAUUAUCAAAUGCAUGUACCGGUCCACCAUUGAAUAUUUUAGAAGAAAUUUUACUACCAACAGAACAACAACAACAACAACAACAACAAUUAACGCAUCAAAAAUUUUUAAUAUUUUUAGCUAAAAAUGAAAAAUUAACACGAUUUAUUGGUAGAGAACCUACGAUUUUAAAACAACCACGUCCUAUUCAACAGCAACGAUCUGUUAUCGAACCAAUAUCAUCAAUACAAAAUGAAACCAAA